AUGGGAAAUACGCUGAGCUCCAUCCAAGAGAAGCUUACCAGGGAUCCUGGAGAGCGACCAAAGAGUUUCCUUUCUCAUUCAGGAUACCGAGAGAGGACCUGCUUAAAGUUGCACAGGGGCAGCCAGGCCUCCCACGAUGACCCUGGUCAAGCAGCCCUGACGGUACAGUGGCCGCUUUCUGUGUUUGCUGCUGGCAGCGGUAGCCCGCGUAGAGUGGAUCUCACACUGCGCCCUCAAUGUUCUAAAGGACAGUACUCUCCUUUGAAGCAUUUCACCUGCAAGCUGGAGAACCAGCAGCAGCACCAAGUUCGCAUCCUUCCACCUGCCAGGCGGGGUGCCUUGGAUCUGAUGCAGUCUGCGGGAGAGCCAACAGAGGAAGGACCAGAGAGCCAGGGAGAGCCAACAGAGGAAGGAAGGCCAGAGGGCCAGGGAAAGCCAAAGAGGAAGACCAGAGAGCCAGGGAAAGCCAAAGAGGAAGGAAGGCCAGAGAGCCAGGGAGAGCCAACAGAGGAAGGACCAGAGAGCCAGGGAGAGCCAACAGAGGAAGGAAGGCCAGAGGGCCAGGGAAAGCCAAAGAGGAAGACCAGAGAGCCAGGGAAAGCCAAAGAGGAAGGAAGGCCAGAGAGCCAGGGAGAGCCAACAGAGGAAGGACCAGAGAAGGAAGGAAGGCCAGCCAUGGAACCCAGGGCUGCAGGGAGGUGCCCAACGGGGGAUGCUGUACCCAGGAAAGCCCAAAGCAAAACCAAGGAGGGGCUGGCUCAGUGCCUCAAGGAAUACAAGGCCGUGCACCACAUGCAUGUGAGCCCUGAGAAGAUCGUAAGAGAAUCUGACCAGGUGGCUGGGGCUGAGAAUGAGGUGAAAACCAGACAGAAACUGGGGGGCUUUAUGUGGAUGCAACAAAGUUUACAGGACCCCUUCCACCCAAGGGGCCCUCGGGAACUCCGGGGUGGCUGUAGCGCCCCACAAAGGGGCUUUGAAGACUUCCUUUUAGUGUAG